UAUAAAUUGCAUCAACCAAUUAAGUACUAGUGUACUACUGGUUCACAAAAUUGAGAGGCCCAUUGAUUCAAAGGGAGGGCGAAAUUGUAAGAAUAGGAAACAGAGGGUGAAAGAGAAGAAGACACAAAAUGCGCGGGCAAGAGAAAAGAUAAAAGGAGAGAAAAAGCAGAGUCCCCGAAUCCGUUGGCUUGGUCGCUCCGCAACUGGAACAAGCCCAUGACUUUCCCGGAAUCGGGCGUUGUGCACGCCACAAUCACACAAUAAACCAAUGAAUUUUUAUGUAUUUCAAUCGAUAUCACAAGCUUGCAGAUUUGGGAUUCGAUGAAUAGCGUACCCAACUGGUCUUCGUAUUUCUCCUCCGACGAGUUUUCCCGGCGAGCUGUUUUCGAUGGAGGUGGCGCUGCUUGCUAUUUCUGGGCCACCGCGAUUUCGCUUCUCUUCAUUCUUCUCUUUCACUUAUUCUGUUCCGCUAAAUUUCGCUUCUUCGACUUUGCUUCUUCCUCUUCCUCUUCCUCUUCUUCUUCUCCUUCACAUGCCGACUCAGUUUCCCAUGCCCAAUCUAGGAUAUCCAGACUAGUCUCUGAUGAAGAUUUGAAAAGCCUGAUCGAACAUCUGGAGGAAAGAAAUGAGGCUGCUGAGAUCUGGGAAAAUGUUAUUCACAAAAGCAACGAUCGCAUUUCAUACACUGCUAAACGCUGCAAGCCACAAGGUGGUGGUCCUAUGCAGUACCUAAGUGUUACCGUAUUUGAGGAUUGCUCCGCAGAGAUUUUGAGGGACUUUUACAUGGACAACGAUUAUAGGAAGCAAUGGGAUAAGACUGUGGUUGAGCAUGAGCAAUUGCAGGUUGACAGUAAUAGUGGAAUUGAGAUUGGUCGCACAAUUAAAAAAUUUCCCUUGUUGACAUCGCGGGAGUACGUACUAGCUUGGAAGUUGUGGGAGGGAAAGGACACGUUCUACUGUUUCACAAAGGAAUGUGAUCACAACAUGGUACCUCGACAGAGGAAGUAUGUACGUGUAAGUUAUUUUAGAUCUGGUUGGCGGAUCAGGAGAGUUCCCGGUAGAAAUGCCUGUGAGAUCAAAAUGUUUCACCAGGAAGAUGCUGGGCUAAAUGUUGAGAUGGCAAAGCUCGCUUUCUCGAAAGGCGUUUGGAGUUACAUCUGUAAGAUGGAAAAUGCGCUUCGUAAAUACAUUGCAAUCAGUCAUAGACCCCAGGUGGCCAUUCUGUCUGCUGUCAGCUUAAUAAAUAAGGUUCCAUCAGAGUUAGAAAGCCAGACAGAGGAUGUCACAGCCUCCAUGGGAACUAGUAGUGGUGAAGGAAUAGUGACUCAUGUAGCCAGACAGAAGAAAGUAUUGAGAAAGCCAUCAAAGAAACUGAUAACAAAUGGUCUGGUUCUUGUGGGCGGUGCGAUCUGCUUGUCCCGUGGUCACUCAGCCUUAGGUGCUAAACUAGCAUUGGCUUACCUCUUGACGAAGCUGAACAAACGUGGAACUCCUCUGAAGCAGACCACCCAGAACACCAGGAGUUAAGUAAGACUCCUCUUAUCAUUGGGUUAGAGAAAGGUUUUUGCGUUAGCAAUGGCUCUGACCACGUGAGCUCUGGUAGGUUUUGGUCUUCAAAGUGUUGUACCUUUAGGGGAAAGAUUUGCAUUUUGUGUUCAUAUGGUUGUAAAAGUUUGUGUAAUAGGUAUUCUUUAGUUUAAAGUCUAUAUUACAAAAUUAUUAUUAUUCUUCCUGUACCACUUCCCCAUGUAAUAAUAUUUGCUCAGUUACAAAAUUUACAGCA